GAUACAUUGUCUGACAAAAAAUUUAUACACAAAUUUGAAGAACGGCAGUGCAAUACACGUGUUGCGUCAGAGGUAGCUCUGUCUUUGGCGCAAAAUAAGCGCCCGUCCGCUGAAGACAAAGCUGGAUAUGCAGAUUUGCGAGCUAGACUUGCGUACGCCAUGGAGUUCUGGACCAUUGGCAUGGCCCGUGGGACUAUCGCUAGAGUUGCCUUCGAGGCCACCAAUGGCGGUCUUUCUGGUCCCGUCCAUGGCCACAGGGAGCUGUCUUUCAAGGACAGAGCCAAGCUCUUCUUUCCUCCACCUGGUCACACCGUCCCAUCUGGAUCGCAGUGGUGGUUCCUUCUCAACGCUGAGGUGGGAUAUAUCUACGAGUACCACAGGACACUCCGCGAGUCGUCCAACUCAGCCGCUCAAGACAUCAACGAUGGCCUCGGACACAUCUUCUCACAUCUCCAACUUCUUCCCUAUGCACUCGCCGGCACCCCUACCUCGCUUGGAUUCCUGUGGAAGCAGGACAAAGACAGUGUCCGUCUCGUCAUCAAUCCCCGAUACUACCGCAUGGCGUCGAUUGGAACUGGACAGCGCAAGCGCAACAGCACCCGCCGGGUCACCCUCUCAAAAGCAGGCUUUCUCAAACGCAUAUCCAGCAACAACAGCCACGGUGUCAGUGACAUGGGCGCCAUCAGCAAGUUCCAGAAUGCUUUGCGACAGAAGAGCGCCAAGAGGGCCAACUCCAAGCGUUCUGCAGCUGCCCGCAACACACGUGAUCCUCCCCGACCAGUCACCAAGUCUGGCACAGCAGGUCAUGCUAAUGAGGCUGCUGAGCAAGACGUGUCCCUUGAAGACCAUCAAGACGAUGAGGAUGAAUGGGUUGGGUAUGAUGAUGUAGAGAUGGUUGAUGCCGAGGACAGGAUGGACAACCAAGCUCUUGAAGCUGACGAGGAUGAUGCAGCUGAGGAGUUGGAGAUUGAAUGGGCUAUGGGAUCGGAUCACAUGGAUGAGGACAUGGACUCAGAUUGA